AUGGCGGCGGAGGGUGGCCGGAGGCAACCGGCGUCGAGCGGUAGAGCACGACGGCUGGCGACGGAGGAUGGCGGUUGGGGGUGGGUGGCAAGGGGCGACUGGCGACGGGGGGUGGCUGGCACCAAGUGGCGGCCGGUGUCAGGUGGCGAUCGGCAUCGGGCAGUAGAGCACGGCAACCGGCGGCGGAAGACAGUUGCUGGUGGCGGGUGGUGGCUAGCGUCGGGCGGCGGAGGACGGUGGUCGGCAACAAGAGGCGGUCGGCAAGCGGUGGACGGCGGGCGGGAGGCGGGCGGCGGUGGGAGCUGGCUGGCAGGUGGCGGCGAACGAUGUGGGAGGCGGCGGUGGGCAGGUUGCGGCCGGCGUUGGGCAGCGGCGAACGACGGAAGAUGGCAGUGGGAGGAGGCGAUCGGCGAAGGAGGCUAG